UCCCCAGUGACCCAGCUCUACGGGGCAACCACGGCAAAGAAAACUGCAUUUAGAAGAAAAACAAGUUUUCUUUUUUACGAACUUCUUUUAUCACUUCUUUAUUUUUUGUAUUGCCACACCUUCCUGAAUAAGCUUCCGGGUCAGGAAAAUUACCGGAAGGUCCACCGUUCUUUCUUCCCCCCUCUCUCUCUCCCCGAGGUCCCUGUGCUGCUUCCUGCGCGCCAACGCAAAUUCCGCUUAGUUCACUCAGCAUGCGAGCGAGUUCAGUUGCCGAGCUCGCGAGAGCCGCACUAGUGGCAGCGGCCCUUCUGCUGCAGAUGGCCGGCGAUCGUGCGGCGGCCGAAGCCGAAGAAGGUUUCUACACGGCGCAGAAAGAAUCGAGGCACUUUGGCUUGGCGCCGUUCAACUUGGGUAUCAACAUUCCCUACAUCUUCAACAUGAAGCUCCUGACGUCCCCCACAAACACGGGUCUGGGCCUCAGUGUGCCCGCCAUCUUCAACAUGCAGCUGGAUACCGGAGGACCGCACCAGCUGCGUCCCACGGGCUUGCGGCUCAACUUCUUCGGUGCCGGACGCAACGGAGAAAAGGCUCGCCGAAGGCGCCCCAGCAUCUUCAGGCUUGCAGGGAACGACCAGCUCAUCGGUGCCAGGACUGCGUCGAAAACGCUGUCACAGACUGAGGCGUCGUCGUGAAAAACACGUUACGCUCCGUGGCAUAUCAGUGUAACACGACUUGGAUCUCCUAUUCGCUUGUGGCUUCUCGGUGACAUUUCG